GUUACCUGGAUGGGAUCAGCUUCCUUCUCUUUAGAAGCAGCAUCACCCCUGUCAAACCAAGGUCAAGGGCUCCAGGGCCUGUGGCUUCCUGGCAUGGAGUCAACUCUGGGAGUGGGCAUCGUGGUGGCCGAAACUCUACAGAGGCAGCUGCCCUGGCUGGAAGACGUCUGGCUCUGGGUCACCUUCCUGGGUGACCCCAAAUGCAUCUUUUUUUUCUACUUCCCCUUGGCCUACUAUGCCUGUCGCCAUGUGGGCAUUUCUGUGUUCUGGAUCGCCUUGCUCUCGGAGUGGCUCAACCUCAUCUCUAAGUGGUUCCUUUUUGGAGAGCGGCCCUUUUGGUGGGUUCAUGAAUCUGGAUACUAUAAUGAAGCACCCGCCCAAGUUCAUCAGUUCCCUGUAUCCUGUGAAACUGGGCCAGGUAGUCCCUCGGGUCACUGCAUGAUCACAGGAGCUGCCCUCUGGCCCAUCAUGAUUGCCACCUCAAGCCAGAUUGCAAAACGAAAUCGCAGCUGCUGGAUGAAGCUGAUGCCCAGCCUGGCUUAUAGCACAUUCCUCUUGGCAAUUGGACUCUCCCGCAUCUUCAUCCUUGCACAUUUCCCUCACCAGGUGCUGGGUGGCCUGAUAGCUGGUGCUCUCCUGGGAUGGCUGAUGACUCCGCGUGUGCCUGUUGAUUGGCCAGUCAGCUUUUAUGGGUUGACAGCAUUGGCACUCCUGCUGGGUGCCAGCCUCAUUUACUGGAGCCUCAUCUCCCUGGGAGUAGACCUGACGUGGUCCAUUCACUUGGCUUCCAAGUGGUGUGAGCGUCCAGAGUGGGUACACAUGGAAACUCGGCCUUUUGCUUCCCUAAGUCGGGAUUCUGGAGCCGCCCUGGGCCUGGGCAUUGCCUUACACUCACCCUGCUAUGCUCAAAUGACUUCUACCUCCCGCCAAGGAGGCCUCACUCAUCACUGGAAGAGACCUCUCCUGUUCACUACCCACUCACCCCUGCCCCCAACUGCCAUUGUGACUGCUGCUUGCUCCUGCCUAAGAUGAAGGCUUCCUUCCACUUGACUCCUGUGGAGACUCUUCUGUGCUCCCAACGUGCCUGUCCCACCCCGAUCACUUGAUCUUAGCCUCAGAGAAGGGUAUGUCUACCUGGAAGGGGACUGGCCCUGUCAACCUUUCCCUUUCCUCACUUUGUUGAAACCCUACCCUUUCCCCCUCUCCCAAAACUUUGCAUUUUUUAAAAGCAUUGGAAAUAAAAGGCACAAAAGAACUUCUAGUACUGUGAGGGGCCGAUCCACAGAGGCCCCAGAAGUCCAGUAGCAGUUCUGUGCUUUUGUUCUGCAUUUGUGAAGUUCAGAAAGGAGCCAAGCUUAGCCCUUGGUUCUCCUCUUCUGCUCCAUGUGGAGGGGAUAGCUACCUACCCACAGCCAAGCCAGGCAAGUGCUUUGGACUCAGAAUGAGUUACCUUCAUUUACCCCUUCCCUCCUCUGCAAUUAAAGAAUGGGGAAAUUAAAUUAAAUUAAGGACAUUCCC